ACGUGGCAGGCGAGUGUCGUCAUUGCGCUGGUGGCGACCCGUGGACAAUCUGCGAGCGAAUUUACGAUAGGGUGUAAAAUAAAAUUAAAACUGUUGUUGUUUUGGGUGGCUGCGGCGUCACCGAUCACAUGGAGUCCGUGCCCAAGGGCGGCUGCCAUGGAAGAUGGGAAAGGUUGGCUGCGUUCUGUCCUCGCCAUGGAGCUUGAAGGGAAAUUGCCAUGGGCUGCACACCAUCUCACGCGGACGUGCUGCCCUUACCUGGCCGCUUGGGCCUCACCUGCUCAGAUGAGGCCCGCGAUGGAACCGCCAGCGAGCGAGGCUCGCGGUCCGACGGGGUGACGACGUCGAGCGGCCGCCGCGGCGACGAUGGGGAACACACGGCGGACGAUUCGGACGCGGACGACGGCCACGUCGGCUGCUACGUCCCGAGAGAAAAGGACAUCAUGCACGUCUGCGUGGAGGAGAGGCUGAGGGAGAGGAUCGUCAAUAGCGCCUCGCUCGUGAUGUCCGAGGUAAUCGCGGGACAGCCGGCAUUCGCCGAAGAUUUGAUCGCGAAAAUAAAGGCGUCGAGCAAAGUGGACGACUUCGAGUGUCACUGCCCAGCCGUGCCUGAAAAUGGCGGUGAGACACGGGAAGACGGUAAUCCGGAGCGGGAGCGGCAUCCGAGCGAGGCGGAUGGGCAGGAAGAGCGGAGCAAGAUCGACUUUCCUGAUGGAAUGGUGGAGGCUCACAAGGCCGUCUACGAGUAUCUGAACCACACGCUGCACGACUACGACGACAUGAUGAAGUCUGCCGACCAAAUAGUGGAGACUCAGCAGAGCUUGCAGCAAAUGAUCAGCUUCCUGUUUUUCAAGUGCGAAGAGAUCAACAGCACGAUGCAGAGCGCCACGCUCACCGGUGAAGCGCUGCUGAAGAGUUUGAAAUUCGGUCUUUCGACGCAGUGCAGCGACAAGAUGGAAGGGCUUGACCUACCGCAGCAGGUGCUGCGCUACUCGGUAAACAAGCUACAGGGCAUCACCGACAGCACCAACAGCACCACAUCGGGGACCCUCAACUUGAUCGUCGGCUACAUGAAGUCGGCGCACGAGAAACUCCAGGAGAAGCUGAUCGCCAAGAUGCGGUUGGACGCGAGCGUGGCGGCUGUGAUGGCGCAGCUCGCCCUGCAUGCGAUGGGAGCCGCCCCGUCACCCAGCGCGGAGGAGAGAGCCGCAGCCCUCUCGGAGGACAGCGGCAUCGCCGCCGACAGCGAGUCGCUGAGCGAGUUGAGCACCGACUCGCCUGGCAGCAAGCACGCGUGCGCUCGCAGGAAUGGCCGGCGCUCCGAGUCGCGGCCGCCCAGCAAGGGACACGCAUUUGCGUACGACGCGGUGUGCCAGCUGGAGGGCACGGAGCCACCGGGCAACAGGUCCAUGUCCCACCACUGCGCGCUUGAGAAGCAGUUCAAGGACGUCUUUUACCCCCCGCAGAUUUCCAUGUUUGCCGAGUCGAGGGACACCGAGAGUGCGGUGGUGGGACACACCGCGAUUGCACCGCUCGACCGUGGCACGGCGGAGCAGGGCAGGACCUCGUUCUUGCGUUCUCUGGACGCACUCGCAGAUGAAAUCGUGGACGAGGCGCACGUCGAGGUCGGCGUUCUGGAUGCGAUGUGGGACAGAAAACCUGAAAACGAGCGGCAAAUUGAUUUUGCGAAGCAGCACGUAAUGCAAAUCGUGGGCAACUCGAGCGAGAUGGAUGAGCUGGUACUGAAGCUGAAGGAGGCCAUCAGCAGUCGCAUUCUGUUUAUGUCGCCAGGUCCCCCAGACCCGGAAUGGUCAGAGGAGGAGGGGAAACUGCAGUCGGGAAAACGGCCCAAAACGGCACAAGCCAGUCCAUCAAAGGGCACGAACAGGAGGCGCUCGCGGUCAGCCGACUCGCUCGCCAACCAGGAGGAGGACGUGACGCUCCGAGAGCUUCACCGCGUGCAGAAGAGCAUCGCCAAGUGCCUGGAGACCACGUUCCAGACGGCGAAGCAGAGUGUCCUCAUGGACAAGCAGAGAAGGCCGAAGAUAUCCAGUGCCGCGCAAGGCUCCCAGCCGAGGAGCAGCAGGAUCAAGACGUCCCUCGAUAAGGGCUUCAGCGUGCUGCCAAAUCACGGCGUGCUUAAAGGGAACAAGAACGAGCCGCCAAAGAGCAACAAGAUUUCCUCUCUAAAAAAAUCUGGUCCUUUAAAAGCCAUAAUUCCUCACGCCGAGCCAUCUCUGCCAGAGGAAAACAAUGAGCCCCAUAUACCACUGAGCAGGGUUGUGCCAGUUAUCACACCUAAAACCAAUUCAAGCAGGAACCCUUCCAUGCCUAGCUACAGCAGCACAAGUUGCAUACCAUUCAAGCCUAAGCUUUUUAACGCUGUGGGAGUUCUUCCUCCCCUGCCCACACGAUACCGGUUGCUCAAACCUGUAGUUUGCCCCGACAGCCUCAUGAAUAUUGACGAUGGGCUCAUUCCGCCUUCCCAACAUUCCAACGAAAAGAAGCGGGGAGAUAGCAGCUACAUGGACAUAAGUGCCGAUUCAAAACCUCCAAAAGGCAACCCACCGCUCAGAGACAGGCAGGACAGCGUGUCUCAAGCCAGGCCUCCCAGCCCCCCAUCUCAUCACAAAAAUCAAGGUCCUGCUAAAUGGAGAAAGAGUCAUAUAGUUAACCCAGAUGGACAGUCAAGUCCACCUACAGCCAGGCAGGCCAGCCCACCGCCCCACUGUAGACAACCCAGUCCACCUACACAACAUAAAGAUUCAAGUACAAAGUCUCAGACAGGACGGGAAAGCCUGGCACAACAUGCCGCACAGGCCAACCUACCUAGAACGAGACAGCCAAGUCCACCUCGAACCAGACACCCCAGCCCACCUAGAACCACACAGGCUAGUCCACCUAGUUCCAGACAGCCAAGUCCGCCUAGAAGCAGACACCCCAGCCCACCUAGAACCACACAGGCUAGCCCACCUCGUAUUAGACAAGCAAGCCCACCUAGAACCAGAUACCCCAGCCCACCUAGAACCACACAGACUAACCCACCUAGUACAAGAGAGCACAGCCCACCAUGUACCAAGCGGGCCACCCCACCUGGGACUGGACAGCCAAGCCCACCACCUCAAUGCAGGGGUGCUAGCCCACCGUCACAGUGGAGGCGUGUAACAUUCCCUUGCCCUGACAAACAGUCAAGUCCACCUCUGACUGAACAGGCCAGUCCACCGAUAAUCAGACAACCGAGUCCACCAUCUCAACGAAGGAAUGCAAGCCCACCCCGACAGUGGAGACAAGUCCACCUGCCCUCCACGGAGGAACAGGCGAGUCCACCUCUUCUGAGUAACAGGCACUUCAAACCACUGUCGCACGAUGGCCAGCUCAGUCCACCACCCAGGGGCGCAUGCCCCAGCACUCCACCUUGGGCGACGGAGCCAAGCCAGCACCUGCAGCGCAGGCAGGCCUUUCGGAGGUUGCCCAGUCCGCCUCUACAGCCCGGCCAUUCCACUCCGUGUCCUCUCCCCAGCCCACCCGGAGAACAGCGCAAGCUGCCCAGCCCCCCACUCGGGCAACGGAAGCUGCCCAGCCCCCCACUCGGCCAACGGAAGCUGCCCAGCCCACCACCCCAUGGCAGGCAGCUGAGCCCGUGCCGGCUCAGGCAGCUUUCACCGGCGAUCCAAGAAAAAAUGGGGACAUUUUUGAUUAACGAGCCUGCGGUGGCAGUCCCGAGAAGUUUAGCGGAUGAAGCAACUUCUGAGUGCAGGCAGUCCCCCAAAACAAACGCUGGUUCUAUCUUUUGCAGUGCGCCCAGCUCCAUGUUCAAAGCGAAAAAUAUGACGGAUGACCAGAGCCUGUAUAACAAUGCCAGCUCACAAUAUCAAACGGAUCAGCAUCAACAACAGCUGGCGCAUGCACUAUGCAAAAGUGCCAGGAGUGCAGCGGCCAGGGCGUCCAAGGAGGAGUGUGAAGACGACUCGUCUGGUCUCUCGGGAAAAUACGACUCCGCAGACGACGGUGGCCGUGCGGAUGCCGGGUUGGAGUGCAGCUGCGUGGCCCAGGGUAACGGUGACCCGAGGAAGCUGGACGUGGGCCCCGACUUCCUCGUGCAGGGACGAGGCAUCUGCUCCCUGGGUCCCACGGAGGAGAACUAAGCAAAGCGAGGGCCUUCGCGCAUAUCUCCCGGUCAUGAACGUCACGGGGGCAGCGCCGCCCUCGACCACUUAACAACUAGAUGUUAUUUUCUGAAGUCGCGGGAAGGUACACCGGGUAGAAUGGCACAACCGAUAGGUGUGUAGUAAAUAUGAAGAGUACUGCACUACGAUCCUAGUUUGGGUUAGGGAAGUUCUUAACAUUUUUGGUAUGGCAGUCCACGCAGAAGGAUUCUUGAGUCUUUCAUCUUCAUGCGUGGAACUUUUGAGUGG